AUUGGGGUUUGAUGCAACGAAUUCUCUCCUUAAUUUCACUGACAUGGAAGGCCACCGAAACCGUUAGGCUUCUCGAUAAAACAUUAAUGCAGUUGGCAGCCAUUGCACUUUUUGUAGGGUAGCGUUGUCAACAGUGAGCCUGCUGCGAGUUGGGUCAACAAUCCGCAAAUUUUAUUGUUUACGGAGGUUUCGACGGCCAACACGUUCGCAGAGAGCACGUCGGUGCGGUGCGCUGGGUACCAGGGCGGAGGCACUGGGGUCGGGUUUUAGCAACAAGUAGCCUUUUGGUUCAAGUUUGCGCUUAAAGAUGGGCUGCGCCGUGAGUUCGGCCGGCGAGAAGUUGGCCGCGGAGAGGUCCAAGAAGAUCGACAAGGACCUGCGGCUAGACGGGGAGCGCGCGGCCAGAGAAGUGAAGCUGCUUCUCUUGGGUGCUGGUGAAUCUGGUAAAAGCACAAUUGUGAAACAGAUGAAGAUAAUACAUGAAACAGGAUAUUCAAUGGAAGAGUGCGAGCAGUAUCGUCCAGUGGUGUACAGUAACACAAUUCAAAGCUUGAUGGCCAUAAUUCGAGCUAUGGGACAGUUGCGGAUAGACUUUGCUGACCCAGGAAGGACGGAACUUGCCCGCCAGUUCUUUACUCUUGCCAGUGAAGCAGGAGAAGGUGAACUGACUCCCGAGCUAGUUUUGCUGAUGAAACGUUUAUGGCAAGAUGCUGGUGUUCAGCUGUGCUUCUCCCGUUCAAGGGAGUAUCAAUUGAAUGAUUCUGCUGCAUAUUAUCUCAAUGCCCUCGACCGCAUCUCCUUGCCAAGCUAUGUACCCACUCAGCAGGAUGUAUUGCGCACAAGGGUAAAGACGACAGGAAUUGUUGAAACUCACUUUUCUUUCAAGGGACUCCAUUUCAAAAUGUUUGAUGUUGGUGGUCAGCGCUCAGAGAGGAAGAAGUGGAUCCACUGCUUUGAGGGAGUGACUGCCAUCAUUUUCUGUGUUGCUCUCUCAGGUUAUGAUUUAGUUCUGGCCGAAGAUGAGGAAAUGAACCGUAUGAUAGAGUCAAUGAAGCUCUUUGACUCCAUUUGCAACAGCAAAUGGUUUGUUGAAACCUCAAUUAUCCUCUUUCUAAACAAGAAAGAUCUGUUUGAAGACAAAAUUUCUAAGAGUCCGCUUACAAUCUGUUUCCCUGAGUAUACAGGGACUGAAACCUAUGAGGAGGCUGCCGCCUAUAUUCAGAUGAAAUUUGAAAAUCUUAAUAAGAGGAAGGACCAGAAAGAAAUUUACACACAUUUCACUUGUGCUACUGACACCAACAACAUCCAAUUUGUGUUUGAUGCUGUCACCGAUGUCAUCAUCAAGAACAAUCUUAAGGAUUGUGGCCUCUUCUAGUUCAUAGCUUAUAAGUGCAAAUUAAGCAUCAA